GCUAGUCUUGUCGAUCCUAGAGUUAAGUGCUGCAUCUGAAGCCGACUUGGUUGCGCGACCGAAGCGCGGCCAGAGUGCAGGUCUCCUCGAGCUGGAGCCGUUUUCUCGUUCUUGUGCUAGUUUGAGUCGUUCCAAGGCGGCCGACUGUCUUCUUCUCUAUUCAGGAUGUCGUGGGGCGGCGGGGCCGACUCGCCGGUUGGCGCCGCAAUGGAAGCAGCAGUCGACGUCGCGCAGGUCGGGUUGAGCACCGCGCGCGCAUUCGCAACCGCGAGCCCUAUCCUCGGAACAACCGCGACGGUAUUGACCUUCGUGUUUCUGCUGUCAUACGUGCCCUACGCGCUUACCUGGCUGCGUUUCGUGGUCUACAUGAUUGUGUCCUCGGACGCAAAAGGGCUGAAAAAGGCGAAGCCCCCGAGCGCCGCGCAGUUGCAGGGGCGGGUGAUUCGCGAGCGGCAAGUGUACUUCCUGCGACACGGUGAGAGCGAGUGGAACUGGGUGUUUAACAAAAAACCCGUGGUCGCAGCACCUUUCAGGCUCGUCGUCGCGUUCGUCCGGGAACUUCUGCUCGGGUUUGCCGACUCGCUGUUCCUGGACUCCCCGCUCAACGGCGAAGGUAUACCUACCCUCUCUCCGAAGCCAAAGACCCGCCGGUCACGCGGUUCAGCUGCCAUCUAAGGCCAUGUACUCAUCAAAUGCUAGGCACACAUUUCUCGCACAGGCAGGGUUUGUCAUUGUGCAGGCGUCGCGAUCAAAAAAAUGGAAAUAUGAUCUCCCUAGGUCUGCGCCAGGCGUCAGAGAUGGCGGACGAUGUCGAGGCUAGGGUGCCCAGUGACGCGGAAUUUGUCACCAGUCCCCUGCGACGGGCAAUCUCAACACUGCUCCUCGCGUUCCCACGUCGUUUGCGCACGAAAAAAGUGCGAGUACUUCACUGCCUCCAGGAAAUAUCCCGGAACGUGGAUACAGCGAGUACAGCAAGAAUUAAUUUUCAAGAAAUCUCGGCCUGGUGUGCAUUCCGUCUGCUUUAGGUGCUUACUUCUGGAAAGGCAAAACGAACGCCCUUCACCCCCACUUGCCCCCACCCCACCCAAGGUAUGACGCAAGCCCGAGAGAUUCCGACCGUGAGCGCCGUGGAAGAGGCCAAGUACCCGGUGUGCGCGAGCAUGUACCGGCGGAACUUAGACGUGUCGCAAUUCGAUGGGAACAAAACGCUCUCACGGACGGGGUUGACGCGGCUUCGCGAAUUCGCGGGAGAGCGGGAGGGUUCAAACUCGGUUUUCCGCGGCACGGGCGCAGUAGAAAAGCCCCUCGUCGUCGCGGGGCACUCCUUGUGGUUCAAGCACUUCUUCAACCUGUACCUUCCACCCACCGAGGAGCCGGAGCUGGCAAUGCUCGCCAAAACGCGGAAAAUUGCUAACGGGGGUCUCGUAAGUUUCAAACUUCAGCUGUGCGUCUCGGACACGACCGGCCAGCCCUUCUGCCGCAUUCCGGCAGGCAGUAUCCACGAAGUCUACAAAGGCUUCGAGCGCCCUAGCAGCAAGAAAACCGCGUGAAGAAGUAAAACAAGAGGCCGCCGAGCGACAAAGUGCCUUCGGGGUAAUGCGGCCUACUUAUUUGUGGCUGCACUCAGACUCACUAUGCAAGAGCACUAGUUUAUGAUAUGCGAUGGAAGGUUUCCUGUGUUGAUAUGGGAUUGUGAAUGAAAUGGAGCAGAAUGUCAGAAAAUGAAACUGUAUCCAGGAAAUGAAAACAAAAAGUUAAAGUUUUUAAAAGACGUUCGGCUAACAGCGAAAUAAAAUAGGAUUGAUUCCCAUGCGCCGGCCUACUGAAGUGCACAGCGAUGACCUGGAUUGUGGCGCUUAUCCAUCAUAGACUACGGCGUAUCGAUUUAUUGAGCGUAGACUCGUUG